AUGGACAAUAGUUCCUCUAUCAGUGACAUUGUUAUGCUGGAAGAAUUAGGACACCCUGAAUCAUCUACAGAUGCUGUAUUCUACACUCUACUCUUUGUCUAUAUUGGACUGCUGAUAACCAAUGUUGGUGUUCUUGUUAUCAUCAUCAAAGAGAGAAGCUUACACCAACCCAUGUACUUGCUAUUUUGCAACUUGUCAGUGAAUGACAUCCUUGGUAAUACAAUUAUACUACCUCGUCUACUGUACGACACAAUUUCUAAAGACAGAUUGAUUUCUUAUAACGCCUGUGUUACACAGGUAUUCUUUAGCCACACUUACGGCUCUGCUUCACACACCAUACUGUUAGUGAGCCUCAGUCUCAGGUUGUCUCGUUGUAGAUCACUUAUUGCAAAUUUCUAUUGUGACAAUGCAUCCUUGUUCAAGUUAUCUUGUGACGAUGUGUCUGCCAAUAAUAUCUAUGGACUGUUCUAUACUGUGGUGCUAUUGUCCUCCUCAAUGGGUACUGUUGCUGUCACUUACAUUAGAAUUGCUGUUGUAUGUUUGACUAAGAAAAAUGCAGAACUCAAUAGCAAAGCCAUCCAAACAUGCGCAAGCCAUUUAGUCGUGUAUCUGAUCAUGCUACUGACAGGAUACAUUGCUAUAAUCAUGCAUCGGUUUCCAGAACACAGACUUUUAAGAAAGCUCAUUGUUAUUCUUUUUCAUGUUAUACCUGCCCAUUUAAAUCCAAUAAUUUAUGGCCUACAGACUAAACAUUUAAGGCUGAAAAUUGUGCAAGUAUUUGCUAGAAAAAUCGGUCACAGGUCACAGAGGAUUCAACAAUAA